AUGCCGUCUCCUAUGGCGUUGAAUCCGCCAUCACGUUCUCCGUCCAUUUUCAAAAAGAAAAAAUCCCUUGGCCAGUUAUCAUCAAUGACGACGGCAGCGUCUUACCUUUCUGCCGUUCACCAAGCAGAUACCCGCGCUCGCAGUCACGACAACUCUUCUGUUGCAUCAACCCCUGCACUUUCACUCUCAUCUUCAGUCACAGCUUCAUCUGAAGAUACCGUCUUCAACACCGUUCACACGGAGUUUGGUCACUGUGUAAACGAGGCCUAUCGUUGCGUCUCCAAGCAUGACUACUCCAAACCUGUCCAGGAGCACACCAUCGAGGAGCCCCCAUACUACAUCCUCCUUACCACCUACAUUAGCUACCUCAUCCUCCUCUGUUUUGGUCAUAUGCGUGACUUUUUCGGAAAGCGUUUUGCGAAGUCUUACUUCACCCACCUUAUGCCCCAUGAUGGUUACGCGCCGUUGAACUCGGAUUUUGAUUCGUUCUACACCCGACGACUUAAGCGUCGCAUGGAUGAUUGCUUUUCCCAGCCUGUCACUGGUGUCGCAGGGCGCACCAUUGUUAUCCUCGACCGUUAUUCCACCGAUAACAAUCACACCCAGAUCUCCACCGGUGGCAAGACGCGUGCGCUAAACAUUUCAUCGUACAAUUACCUGGGCUUUGCCCAGGCCCGCGGCGGCUGCGCAGAUGCAGUCGAGGAAAGCAUCCGUCGAUAUGGCGUCUCAACCUGUGGCACGCGUCUUGAGAAUGGGAGUAACGAGCUCCAUGUGGCUGCUGAAGCCCUUGUUGCGCGUUUUGUCGGCAUGGAAGAUGCAUUGAUCAGUUCUAUGGGAUUCGCCACCAACUCGACUUUCAUCCCUGCACUCGUAGGAAAGGGCUCCCUCGUCAUUUCCGAUGAAUUUAACCACGCUAGUAUUCGCGUCGGUGUGCGCCACAGUGGUGCCCAGGUCCGGAUGUUCAAGCACAAUGAUAUGUCAAGUUUCGAGUCCCUUCUGCGUGAGGUGAUAAGCCAGGGUCAGCCCAAGACGCAUCGUCCGUGGAAGAAAAUCUUGGUCAUCGUCGAAGGUUUGUACUCCAUGGAAGGCACCCUCGUGAACCUGCCUAGGAUUGUCGAACUGAAACAGAAGUACAAGUUCUACCUCUUUGUUGAUGAGGCACACUCGAUCGGUGCGCUCGGUCCUCAUGGACGUGGUGUCACAGACUACUUCAACAUUCCCUCUCGCUCAAUUGAUAUCUUGAUGGGCACGUUUACCAAGUCCUUUGGUGCUGCUGGCGGUUACAUUGCAGGGCCGAAGGUGGUUAUCGAUGCUCUCCGGCUGCGUGGUCACUCGGGUCCGUAUGCAGAAGCCAUGACGCCCCCCGUUGUCACCCAGGUUGUUGCGUCGAUGGCCAGCAUCAUGGGUGUUGCUCCGGCAUCACAGUCGACCAAGUCGGCGCUCACGCUUAGCCCUGCCAGUUCCAUCGUCACGCUGAAGGACGGUGCAGAAGAGUUCGCAGGAAUGGCGCCUGCAAGCAUGCUGCCGACGUGGAUGAACCUUCACUCGUCUCUCGCAGACGGGUCUGAAGCUCGCAUGCGUAUUCGUCGUCUUGGCUUCAACUCGCGGUAUCUGCACGCAGGCCUCAAGAAACUUGGCUUCAUCACAUACGGACAUCCCUUCAGCCCAAUCGUUCCCCUGCUCAUCUUUAACCCGGGAAAGAUGAGCAUGUUCGCGCGCAUGAUGCGUUCGCGGAGCACACCGAUCGUUGUCGUUGUCGUCGCCUACCCCGCCACUCCGCUUGUAACGAGCCGGGUACGGUUCUGUGUUAGCGCAGCGCACACGAAGGAGGAUAUCGAUAUGGUGCUACGGGCGUGCGAUGAGGUCGGCGGCAUCCUUGACUUGAAGCAUGGAUUGGGCGAGCGGUGGGGGAUUGAUGAGGUCUGCAAGCGCGCAGUGGAGCUCGUGCACUCUAUGUGA